CCCUAGACCGACCGACCGAUAUCUACACUGCAGCAGUACUGGAGUAGUAGGUAGGCAGGCAGGUGCUAAACGCAGAAGACAUCAAGAGUGUUAUCUUGCCAGCUCUAUGGGCAAGGAUGACGACGACGGCGAGCCCACAAGAGUCCGAUGGUUGAUGGAUGCGGCGCGGUACGCCGUGGCGGCCCUGGUGACUGCAGUCACCGUGGCGGUCAUCGCCAGGGCCGUCGUCGUGUCGCUGCGCUCCGAGAAGCUCGAGAUCACGGUCGUCAAUGGCACCGUGACUGCGUCCGUGAACACGGCGGCGAAUCCUACCCAGGUAAGGCUGCUGAUGACCAUCCACAACUACAACCCCAGCGGCCGCGUCGGCAUCCAGUACGUGGGCGUCAACAUCACCCUCCUCUACCAAAACGACACGCCGAUCACCUGGAUUAGCAUUGAGGACGGCCCUGUCAACGGCAUCCAUGUGGAGCCCCAGUUCAUACGGGAGUCCGUCGUGGACACGAGCCUCAACGUGCCGGACGACGUGCCGGCGGCGUUUGCCGGGGCCAUGACGGCGCCCAACGGGUCCCAGCUGUUCGAUAACGCCAAGGUGCACCUGAAAGGCACGCUCCAGACGCAGAUCUCUGGGCUCAACUACACGCACGGCGGCCAGCCCACCGAGUACCUCUGCUCUCCGGUUGCCAUCGGCGUCAAGUCAGAGAAGCUGCUCGCCCAUGCCGUCGACGUAUCUUGCGAGGAAGUUUAGUAUGUCUUUGUUUUUUCUGAUCGACUUGGAGAGCGUGAUUAACUGGCUGAUGUAUUGAUAAUUUGAUGUUUUUGGCUAACCUGCAUUGGUAUUGUUAAUAAUUCGUGUGGGAUUAGUACUUGUGUAUGUGUCAAACAAUAAUUUUGCCGGCAGGAACCACCUAGAAAGCAGUAAUUUAGUUUCUUUUUCAUCAAAGGAGAGUUUGAACUCCAUACCUUUGCAUCGACUGGCACGCCCAAUAGUACUCCCUCCGUCUAGAAUACGUCUAGAUAUAUUUAUUUGACCGACAAAGUAAUUCCAGACGAUGAUAGUAGUAUAUACAGAAAGCACAAGUCUGAAGUCAGAAAACAUACAGAAAGGAUGGACGUGAUAACGUCUCUCUUUUACCUGUUGAGAGUUCAUCUUGCUCCAUCACCUUGAACAACACCACCAUCAUGAUGUAAAAAAACAAAAAAACAGCACAAUCGCUCCUACAUAUACAAAAAAUAACACCACGGUCGAUUCUCUAAUCCCCGAUGCCUCUUCUCCUCUACGGCACCUCACGCAGGCAGCAACCGUCGACCUCCUCGCUCAGGUCUAGGUAGCUUCCCCUCAAUCUGAUCUUCUUCUUAAUCAGCUCUUAAUCUGAUAGUUUGACCUUUCUCACACCGCCCAUGUGCUACAACUAUAAAUCUACGCUUAUUAGGUACGGGUACAACUCCCGUGAUGCACUUCCUCAGUGUUCUCUAUGUAAGAUUACUACAAACCAUUUGGUCAGGGUAAUUAGCUAGUUUCACAUGGUCUUGAUUUUGUGCCCCUUUUAUAUGUACUAGUGGUUGGGGCGUCACCCUGUGGCGUCGCUUAAGAGGAAGCUAUGCGCAUGUUUCCAUUUAAAAAAUACAUAGAGUCCUCACCUCCAUCUAAAAAAACAUCUCAGAAAAAAAAUUCUCACCUCCAUCUAAAAAAGUAAAAAAUAAAAUAAAAUUACCACCAUAGCCUACCAACGAGUGCCACUUUCCAUAAGCCUCCAUUUAUAAAAUAUUAGAGGUCCUCAUCUCCAUCUAAAAAAAUACAUUUAAAAAAUAAUCCAUACCUUC